CUGGCAGUCGGUAGCUGUGCAACCUGGUAUAGUAGUGGCAACCCACCUUGCAAUCGUGACUGCUUGGUGUUGUGUACGGAGUACCGACUACUUUAAUGUUCUAGCAACAUGGUAACCAUUGCAUGGUACAGGGUACGGGGCGUAACUGGGUGUUUGCUUACACGGUACGGAGUAGUGUCCUGCACAUUCCGAUCGGGCGUAAGUGGGGAGAACCGCCACCGGCACCACGGUUCCUCCACAUCACAUAUUUUUGGACUUUACUUCGCACCUUUCCUCCGUCAGCCAACGCGAUGGUCGGUCAUGCUGUGAUAAUCAUGACAUGUCUGCAGUGGCGGGCUUUUUUAGGGGAAGGGAAUACUACUAAAUACUGUCAAGGCAACAAAGGACGUGCUGCUCCAUUGUCCGUGUCCUGGACAGACCAUCUCUUCCGUUUCUCCGGAGGGGGAAGUGACUAGCAGGGGGUUCAAUAGCAAUUGUGACCAGGUGGACUAAGAAGGACCGCUGGAAGGGGAAGGGAGCGACCCGGCCAGGCAAAGCUAACCUUUCGGGUGGAAAUCUUCCUCGGUGGAGAUCCCGUUGAUAUGCAGCGGUACCGCUUGCCGCUUACGUACGUGUACGCGGUUUCAACUCCUCCCUACUGGCAACAGGAGAACUACACCAUCUAUACUCUCGACCUACAAAACCACCAGGAGA